GACACGUGGCCCUACCUUUUCUCUACAUUGGUGUACUGUACUAGCUGCCGAUUUUCUCUCCGCUCCCUAUGACUUCGUCCCAUGCGAGACAAGACCCUUUCGAGCGCACUCGUGCGGGAACUCUAGAAAACCUGUUCGAGAGGGACCUCGAGUAUCAAUGGCAACUGGAUCUGUACAAGAAACUUUGGGGAAAGGAUCUGGGUAAGUCAAAACCUGGAAACAAGCGGAGUGUACGUAUAGUUGUUCGUCGGUGGCCCCGAGCUCCCAACGGCACCAUUAUCAGCCAACUGCCCGAAGGUUUCACGACUCCAUCGAGCACGCACCUUUGGGGAGAACGCUUCUUAGACUUUUUCUGUCUCUCAAGAGGAACAGACUGGUCGGCAGUGCACAAUCAAUUGAUCUCUACCAGUAGCAGACUUUCUGCUUGGAUGAAAGCUAAUGGAGAAACAGAGUAUGCGAAGGAUGAACUGAUGUGGGCGGAGACGGAGGAACCUCCACGGCUCAGAGUUGCAGCGGAUAUCAUGGAGAUCCUCAACGCCAGGGAUUUAUUGAUAAUGAUGGGCUCCUGUGGUGUUUCUUUGCGCGAUGACGAGAGUGAUAUUCCAACAGACGACGAUGUAAAUAUGGAGCCUGAGCUCGAAUCCUCCACUGCUCCGUUCGAUUACCAAAACUAUCCAGAUCCUUGGCCUCUGGUACCCUUCUCAUCGAACCCUACCACUCUCCAAUCGCCAAUCCCCUUUCACUUACUUCCCGAAACUCUGAUCGUACACGAUCCGUUUCGUCUUCUUCAUGCCACUACAUUUAGAGCUAAAGAUGUCGAUUGGUCCUCGGUCGAUGACAUUACUCACAAGUACAGUCUUAACCUCACUGCUGACUCGAUCAAAGAAACUAUAGCACUGGAACGAGCGAAGAUUCAAGAAAAUAUGAAGAACGCCACACCCAUUGUUGUUGCCACAGUAUUCAAUCGUGGUGAUAAUCCCCAUUCCGCAGACUCCCCUGCGCACUCUGUACCUGGUAAUGCCUUCAAAGUCACGGUACCACCACCUCCGCCUCCACCACUUUCUGUACCUGAAGCACAUCUAUUUCUCUCUCCUGCACACUCAGUCGGUGUGGGAAAUCACUCCUGCGUGUAUCGUGUAGAAUGGGAUUUGCCUCGUUCGGUGUUCUCGAAGCCUAAAAUUUGCAUAACAUGCGUGGAGGAAGCUGCCAGAAAAAUCAUAAACGAGACAGGUACUGGGACUGGGGAUGGCUCUACUACUCACUCUAAUGGGACUCUGAAACUGCAGGAAAAACGUACUCCCUCGCUCGCCUUUGCCUUUUCGAAAUUUGACUUUGACUACGCUGAACUUGACAAGUCCCGAGCGCAGUUGGAUGAAAACCUGUUGCAUAAACUUGAGGACGACAACGAGAUAACAUAUAUCGAUUAUACUGGAUCUGUGUCUACUAUCCACAUUGACACCGUUCCGUGGUACGACCCCGCCUCGACAAUGCCUCCACCCUGUUCUCAUCUCGCGCAAAGCUCUGUCUCCGGAUCGCUUCCAGGUUCUCCUCCUCCUACAGCUCAAGUCUCUGUUGUGGCAAAGUUAUCUUUACCUGGAGAUGCUCAUCUCGAACGGGAAGCGGUGAAUUAUCAACGAUUUGGAACACAGUUUUCACAGCAUUGGACAGGGUAUACGCUGGCACGCCCGAUCCGUAAUCCUACGCCAAUGGGUGCGAUUACACCAAUAUUCUAUGGUUUCUACUCAAAGGAAGGCGCUUCCGAUAAAUACUUUAGUUCGAUUCUUUUACUGGAAGAUUGCGGCAAACCCAUCGAACCUUUGAAACUCGAUAUCGACGAUAGGUAUGUCAAUCUUGAAGAUGUACACCCGAGCAGGGAUGACGAAUUUCUCUCACAGACAAGAAUGUGCCGCCCUUGUUCUUCGUUUGCAUUACCAUGGAUGGACGCAGGGCUCCUUUUGGCCUCGCAACAUUCUCAUGCAACACGGUGACCAUGCAGAUUUUCCAUUGAUGAAGUCUGCGAAAGACAGACGAUUUAGACUGAUAGAUUUCGGUCGUGCGAAGUGCCUGAAGGAUGCACAGGAAACGGACCGAGUACAGGGCGGGGACUCUCGCGCUGAUGAUUGGGAUCGACAGCGUUUCGACGAGCAGAGUAUAAUAGGACACGCGCUUGAUUUCAAGGAUUAUUUUCUUUAAUGGAGAAACUCGACAGAAAAGUAAAAUUUUAUAAUGUCCAAUUCCUCCCGAAUUCCUUACUCUGCAUACAUAAAUAAUACAUAAUAUAUAAUGCCAAUCAAAGUGUUAGAUCCUGUGCUCUUGGAAUGUUGUGCACUCCCAAGCUGUAGGGCGACCAGUAACUGCCGAAAUAUGU